GCAAUGGACGACCGCUGAAUACGAUGUACGCUCUUUCCCAACGACGUAUGUCGACGCCACAGCGGGCUGUGAUUGUGUUAAGAGAGCAAGCUGGGCACCCGGGCGCUUGGGUUUGUGCUUCUCACUGCGUCGCAAGCCAGCAGCACAGCACGUGCCGCGGUGCUGCGAGUGUGACAAGGCCGCGCUGCCGGCUUCGGCGCACUGAGACAUCUGCAUGCUUCUGGGCUUCUCUCCUCCAGCGUCACAACGAAUCUCAUCAUGUGCAUCGAAAACAUCAGUAGACACGUACUGGAAAUGCAAAGUGCGCCACCACGCGGCGUCGAGCUGGGUUCGCGCAAGAGAAAAGCCGUUCGGAUGCCGAACCUGCAGCGCUGGGCUAUGGACUCCGAGAACUCCAAGAGCACGGCGUCCGCCAGGGGCGCCUCGGUGCCGUCCUUCCGGGCGUCUAACACCGGUCCCGAGAGCCGCAUGCGCAAGGGCAGCGGCUCCAAGAGCCCCUCGUCAUCGUCAGGGCCACCGGGCGGCUGCCCCGUGGCUGGCGACGACGCCCCGGCGACGGCCGCGCCGGCGUCCGGCCACCCGUCGGCCGCGGCCGCGUCCCUGUGCGCCGGCUGCGGGCUGCCCAUCGUGGACCGGUACAUCCUGCGCGUCAUGGAGCACUCGUGGCACGAGGCCUGCCUCCAGUGCUCCGUGUGCCACGCGCCGCUCGAGCAGUCCUGCUACUCGCGGGACAGGAAGCUCUUCUGCAAGGCCGACUACGACAAGUUGUUCGGCGUCAAGUGCGCGGGCUGCCUGGGCUGCAUCGCGCCCAGCGAGCUGGUGAUGCGCGCCCUGGAGCACGUGUUCCACGUGGCCUGCUUCGCGUGCGUCGUGUGCGGCCGCACCCUGCAGAAGGGCGACCAGUUUGUGGUGCGCGCCGCGCGCCUCUACUGCCGGCCCGACUUCGAGAAGGAGAUGGCGCUCGUCUCCAUGGCGCAGCACCACGCCAACAGCCAGCCGGCGCAGCCGCCGCAGCACCCGGCCGCGCACGCGCCGAACGCCGCCCUGCCCGGAGCCAGAGGCGAGAACGGUCCUCUGCCGGGCGGAGGCCCCAACGGCCAGCAGCCGGGUGCUGCGGCGGGUGGGGUCGCUGCCGCCGUUCGGCCCGACGGCCGCCGGGGCCCCAAGAGGCCUCGCACCAUCCUGACCACGGCCCAGAGGCGCGCUUUCAAAGCAUCCUUCGAGAUCAGCCAGAAGCCCUGCCGCAAGGUUCGUGAGACGUUGGCCAAAGAAACGGGGCUCAGCGUGCGAAUUGUCCAAGUGUGGUUUCAAAACCAAAGAGCGAAGUUAAAGAAGAUCCAGCGCAAGCAGCAGCAACAGCAACAGCAGCAGCAGCAGAGCCAGCAGAACGCGGGGGGAGACAGCUCGGGCAGCGAGAUGGCCUCCUCCACCAAGGACUCCAAGAAGAGCGACGAUGGCCGCCAGUCGGCGUCGCCUGCCGACCUCAGCUCUCCGCCCUUCUCGAGGCUAGGCCUUCUCGAAACGUCUGCCGUAGGUUCUCCGUACCAUCUGCAACCACUCCCUUACGGUACGCAUCACGACGGUUCCUACUAUGGGCCGACACAUGUCGACCCGACGUACCUCAAGUCGGAGAUCUCGAUGGAGAGCGAGACGUCCUUGAGCGGCCUCGAAGAUGUACUGAUCGGGGCCGGGAGCGGCGGCGGUCAGCCUCCUCCUCCGCUAUCGGACGCCAUGUUUGCCUCGUCGGCCGUGAAUCCCAUCGACAAGCUGUACUCGAUGCAGACCUCCUACUUUAGCAACAACGAGUGCGAGUGCCUGGGCGGCUCCAACUGACGGUGCCAGGGCGCCGCCGCCGCGCCGCGCCGCCACCGCAGGCAGCAGCAGCAGCAGCAGCACCAGCAGCAGGGCAGCCAAAGCUACUCCACCGCCGCCGCAGUCAGACAGUAAUGCUGGCUUGUCCAGCAUUGUAACGGCACAUGCACGCGCUGGGUAUUGCGCUGCGUAAACUUUCAACGGGAGGGGACCGCGGACGGGGUAGUGUAUGCACUGCACCUUUUCAACGGCAAUUCGAUGCACGAUGCCUGAUACACUGUAUAUGAUAUUGGUCGGCGAAACAAACACGGUACUCGUAAGUAGGAGCAAUUCAGCAGGAAGAGGGAGUCCCAGAAAGGUCCCUUGUUCUUUUUUUUGUUUUUUCUUUCUUCUUUUGCACCAUUGAGCAGAAGCUGGCCAAGUGACCGCCAUAUACGCUGCCACAACGUAGACCUGUAUGCAAGGGUAUCGAGUGUAAUAUACCUGUAUCAUUUCCCGCGUGCUGAGCGUAUUGCAGUAACUAUUCAGAAUGUGUGUUCGCUUUCGGAUAGCAAGCAGCUGAUCUCAUAUCGAUUAUUUUCAUUGCAUGACCAUCGGUAGAAUCAAGCUUCUGUGUGUUUAGAGCACAGAGAAAUCUCUUUGUUCUGGAUGGUCCUCAAAACCACACAAUAUACUUGUAGCAUACCUCUCAACCCUCCCUUUAUUGCUGCCACCAGAAAAGAGGCCUCUCUUUAGUGGCGUUGUGGAGUGGGGAUGCUCGGCGACCUCAUAUUUGCAAAUGUUACAGCGAAUGUGCAGCCCAUCAGACAAGGUGCACAUGUUUAUAACUACUUUCGGCGAACGCACGUUGAAAAGGUGUAUGAUGAACGUGGCGGAAACGAAGCGAUAGCUGACACCAGGGAAUGCAGCGGCGAGAUGAAGGAAGCGACAGUACGAGGCCAUGCUGCUGAAGGUUGAGGUUUUGUUAGCUAUUGAUAUUGACAUUGCUUGCAGCUCAGUAACUGCACUGUAUAAAUAAGGAACUGCUAUUGGUGGCUACAGUAUCGUGCACAAGCUAUGGCAGUCGUUGAGUAACAAGCACAACAACUAUAUCAUUGGUAGUUAAUAUGAUCGUUCGAUAUCAUAUGAUCGUAUACUUGCUUGGUUAUCGAAGAAAGUAUCGAAAAAGUACAGCGCACCAGCGAAAAAUAGGAGACCGUGUGGCCAUAGGAAUGAGUGUAAAGAACAAUGGCUGUAUGACGCCAAGGCUUGCUUUGGUUGGUUUACAUCAGCAGGUAAAUUAUACCUUGAUGAUAGAGAUAUAACGUGACGCUCAUACGCCCAGAGAGUGAUGCACAACGUAAAGUUCAUUAUUAAAGUUCAUUAUUAUAAUCUGAGUUCGCAGGUACUGUUUUCUAAACGCGCUCUAAGAAUAAACCUCCGAAGAAAAUCUUCGAAUUUCCAGUUCAGUUUUGUGCCAUCGCCGGCGUCUCUAUCACGCUCCUUGGCGAAUCGUUUGAUCGUGUCACACGUGGUGACUCGUACUGUCCCGUAUUUCUCUAUACUGCGCUGACUUCCCCGUGUAACAAGACUGAACAAAAAUGCAGUAGUAAAACCUCCGGCAACAGGUUCCACGACUUGUUGACCAUCUGGUUGCCGGAACCGAAGCGGGUGCGCCGGUUCAGAGCACCAGAUGGCAUUAUUAGAUUCAUCUAUCGCCGCUUUCUGUUAGCAACAGAUAUAUUCUGUCACUGUCGGUGAAAGUUUUUUCAUAACCCAGCGCUACUCAGACACGCGCGCAGUUCUUUUUGUGGGCUCUGUUUUGCUCGUUUUAUUUGCUUCUUGCCUGUCGCGUCCGACCGCUUCAUUUCCGCCCCGUACCGCUUCCGUGGUGCCCCCGCGCCUCAAGCGGUGGCCGCAUGUAAGCUUGUACACCGCGCCCACGAGUCCCCCUAGCGCGGAAACUUUACAAAGCGGCGGUCGUGUUUGCGCAGUGCUGCCAUCGAUCGCUGCCACCGUGCGCAUGUGUACGCGUGCUUGCGGAACUGCGACUGUGCGUAUCUGUGCGUGAGUGCUUGUCUACUGUAUACGUUAUGAAGCGGCUUGAACGUGUCGGGGAACCUUGCUUUCCACAAAACACACACGAGCACUUGUGCAGCGCGUGCGGCCGAUCAACUCUGUGGAGUGCACCUUUUCGCCAAAGACACAGCAGCGACGCAGUUCCCCGGGGAUCUCAGCUGCGUGCCAUGGCCCCGAAAACGGGUGAAUACAGUUUGGGGGAGGGGGGCUACCUACCACUCCGAAUGUCGUUUCUUCCUUGCCUUAAGAAAGGCUGUGGCCAUGAAAGCCUGAGCGAACCUGGAGUUCAAGCGCCAUUAUUUUAAAUUUCUAUCAUGGCAAAUUUCACUGAGGUAUGUGCAUUACAGCCAAACGCAUAGGCAUGUUGAAAGCUCUCACACUUGUUGAUUUGAGCUCAAUUGAAGAUGUAACCGUGUGUGGCAAUGUGACAUAUCGCGUCUGCUCCGGAUCAGAAGCAUGAUGAAAAGCACCAUCAGUCUCUACAGAACAGGCAUGGCGUCGUUUUCUAGAAUAUUUAUAUCGGAUCAAAGACGGACAUAAUUCACCAGUUUCACAACUCUUUAGGAAAUGGUGAUGUCAUGUGGGACGAACAGUUUGGUCUUUUGCCUUCAUUUACAAUGCCUUAAGGCCUGAAGAAAUCUUUUAUUUCCCCCAAAACUGUCGUAUUCGUGAUUUCUUCCAAAAGUCCGACAAAUGCCAGGACCUCAUUGUUCACGGCUAUAAAAGAAUUUGGGACCUAGACAACAAUUUAACCUUUUAGGAAAUUCCUGCUUCAGUCAACACUCAAAGCAGCGGCCGGCCACUAGCAUCGACCACUUGGUUACCAAAAGAAAUUUAAUUUUUAGCCGACAUGUGAUUCGUCACGAAAUAAGUUACGGGAGCACUAUCUGGUUAGUUCAGAUCAAAUAUUUCUUCCUCAAUACAGCCCAACUCUGCCAACGAAAACGUGUUUCAUAAUUGGCGCUGCUCAGCUAGAUCUGACUUUUCCACUUGAAAUGCUCGUGUUGAAAAAGUUUCGGUUCAUGAAUUGCCAUCAAACAUGAUAUCGCGGUAGCCCAGGCACUUACAUAAAAACAAUCGGGUGUUUACAGCCUUCCAUCCAUCAAAAUUAAGGCCGCAUUACCAUGCGGCAAUAUUUUUUUCGAACGGUGCUGCAGUCAAGGGUGAUAAGGUGUGCUCCAAGUCAGUAUCUUUAAAGGCUAGCGGAGCUUCAAGCAGGGUCGACGGCUUCCUCAUCACAGCUUCACUCUUGUUAGUUUGUCCUUGAGGAAACCGCAUAAAAGAAAAACAAGGCACUUCACUGUAUUGGCUGUCGCUCUUUUUUAUCUUUCGUUGGCUUCAUUGUUCUACGAAUAUUGUUGUAAACCCCGGGCUUACAGCGACUACGCGCAUAUGUAGCAAUCAAUAACCGAUAUAAAAUGUGACAGUUUCAAAACUGACAACCAGCUGAGUAUCUGCUUCGGGUGGUCGAUGAUGUGCUACAUUAUAUACCUGCGCGAAACAACUAUUGAGAUCUGAAGAUAUCCCCAGACUGAGGUUGUUUCCGAAAGACCAAUUCAGCUGACUCCAUACUGCGAGAAAACAUACUGUCGAAUUGAGAACGUCUGGUUGCUAAUAUCCGAAGCUCACUUCCUUUGGCUCUAGUGGACUUCACGUUAGCUGCCAAGAAAUAUUAGAGUGUUUUAGUUGAGCGUGUUUACGCUCCGCUAAGCAGUUAAGCGGAGCGGAAGCGCGAAUGCGCAUGCGCCGUCCGCUUAGCCGUAAGCGGGAUAGCGGAGCAAGGAACACGGUCCGCUUAGAAGCUGCCUGAGCGGAGCGUGCCGCGCAGCACUUUGGCUAGCGUUGGCGUCCGAACGGAUUGGAUUGGAUGCCGAAAGCAAGCGCGCUGGCUAACACGUGGCGUUCCCCAAGACGGCGCUUUAUUUUCCAUUGGAUAAAAUGGACCGGUAACGCAUUACAAGCGCACGUCUAGAUACUUCAUGGAGAAACAAGUUAUAUAUAUAUACAUAUAUACGUUUUACGGUAUAAGAGUGAUCAUAAAGUGUUUUUAUUUUCUUUCAUUACCGUGAAUUUAGCCAGGGGGCGCUGCAACUACGAAAGGUCCGCUCCGCUACGCUAAACGUGCAACUAAAACGUGAAAAUCACCCGCCGCUCCGCUGUGGCUUAGCGGGGACGCUCGGAGCGGAGCGUACCGUAAAGACGCUCAACUAAAACACUCUAUUGUCACAAUGACAAUACAUACCUCCGUGGGAUGUCACUUUGUUGAAAAACAAGAUAGACUCAAUCCCCUUUUCGUUUUUGUAGCAUCACAACGACAGAGCGCUAUUCACUGCAAUUUUUUUUAUCGCUGCAUAGCAGCAUUAAACAACCACUGAUUUUUCUUUUACGGUGUUCUUGUUUGUUAGUUUGUUUAUUUUUGCUUGUUUGUUUGUGUGUGUCUUUAAUGGCUCGUUUCUUAAACUUGGAGAGAAUAUUGUACUAAUCUUGUAGUGUAGUCUCCAUACUGCCAGUCGACUGCCAGAAAUAUAUAUAAAAAUGAAUAUUCUUACUUAAUCGGUGCAUAUGGUCAGAUUUCAUUUGCCUCUGUUUGUCCUCUUUGGUUUAUGUUGUUUUUUUCUUUGCUUUGAAGUGAUUUGUAUUUUUUUCGCGCCACAUCACCUGACCUUCAAUGUGAUGUAAAAUUUCAGAUGGAGGAGUUUUCUCUCAGUGCUGCGCCGCUCAACCCGGUUCCUUGAACAAAUCCAUCUUUUGCUCGUUUUUUUUUCGCAUAACAUUGUCUGCAUUCUUGCGAACACCGGUUAAAACACAUGAGUAUUUAGUAGUCGAAUUUACGUCCGUGAAGCAAUUUUCUUCUUAGGCGUAUGAAUCUUCUUUCUUGUACAAUAGUGUGUGGUCAUUUGCUAAUGAAACUGUCACCUUGACACUGUGUCGCUCAUUCGAGAAUGCGUAAACUGGAUAUGCCGCUGGGUUUUACAUGAUCAUCUUCAACUGAUGCGGAAAAGUGAACAUAAUGUAUUGUGCCUUUUGUGUGUUUUGAUUGUGCGCCACCUUAAGAAACUCGAUUUAUACAUCUUAAAAAGAAUCACACGAGUUGCUUUCUGUUUCAAUCUCAGGGCAGAGUGUCCCAAGGUCACAACAUUCGCAGUAAUCUCACCUGAAAGCAACGCUGAAUGUGUAACUCCAAUCUGUAUCACGCGGAAAUGGCUCUGCUUUGUGUUGAAAGAGGUCAGAACUAACCAACAAAACUCCAGUAUUAUGGCUUCUGUGCCUCUUUUUAACUCAUUACCUUUUUCACGCCACUAUGUUGAUACUGUAUUCCAUGAAAUGUAAUAGAGCACUCAGUGGAGUGCACACAAGCAUACAAACAUCAAAAUCUCGAACAUUUUCGCAUGGUUUCACAUUGCAACGCAAAGUCCGUUCAUCAGGCUAACUACAAAUAUUAUUGAAAGGUGUGUAAUUAGUUAGGCUGUAUCUUGUGUUGCGCGCGAACCAUGCUCUUCAUGAACGUAGUGCUUCAGGAUGCAAUUAUUGCGGAAUCUACGAGCACACAUAGGGCGCCUAUAACGUAAAGCUAUUCCAAUUUUUUUCUGUUCCAAUGCUGCAAUCAGCCCUCCACGAUUCGUCCAAAAAUUUUCGGGCCACCACCCACUGCGCCUUUCGGUCACGCGACGUCACGAAAACCGAGAAAAUGCCCCCUCUGAUGCUAUAUCUGCCACACUGAUUAUGCAUUGUUAGACCGAACGAAAUAUAAACAAGAAUUUCUCAUUCAAUGACUCUUUCGACAUUGGGGAAAAAGGCGCCGUUGGUGCAAAUGCUACUGGUCAAUUUUUUUUUCGGGCUGCGCCCACUUUGCCUGUCUGUCACGCGACGCGACGAAACCGGAAAAACUCACCGCAUCAAAGUGGCGUGUACGCGUAAAAGGCGCGUUAAUAUGCCGAACAAAACUGAAAAAUUUUCUGAAUAGCCGGUGGAUGCUACAUUGGGAAAGAGAAGAUGGCGGCACGCCGCUCGCUGUGGCACUGGCUACUUGGAGCUGCCGGUAGCAUGGAUUUAGUUGCGUAUAAUAAAAGAUUGUGCGUGGCAGUAUAACGUUAGCGAGGCCUCUCUGCACGUAUACGACAUUGCUCUGCCAACUCUUCUUUGCUGAGGAUCCGUUUUAGCUGAAUUUUCACCUUCCGUUGCACGCCACCACAAGCUAUAUACAAGCAGGAGCGUGCUCCUCGCCUCAUCUCAGCCAAUUAGAUAAGAAAAACUGCUCAAUGCAGGCAAUGCUAUUUGCUUUGAAAGCAAAAGAAAAUGACAUCCUGUAAACGAGAAGCGCGUUUGAUGGGGCUGUUCAAACAACGCUGCACCCGCCGUGGUUGCUCAGUGGCUAUGGUGUUGGGUUGCUGAGCACGAGGUCGCGGGAUCGAAUCCCGGCCACGGCGGCCGCAUUUCGAUGGGGGCGAAAUGCGAAAACACCCGUGCACUUAGAUUUAGGUGCACGUUAAAGAACCCGAGGUGGUCGAAAUUUCCGGAGUCCUCCACUACGGCGUGCCUCAUAAUCAGAAAGUGGUUUUGGCACGUAAAACCCCAUAAUUUACAAACAACGCUGCGGGUUGCCACUCGAUGCUUGCGUCACUCGUUACGUAAAUUUGAGGUCAGGAGAUUGGAAUAAAAACAGAUUGCAAUAGUUUUACGUUAUAGGACCCUUGCACCUGUUACACAUACACGAUAAAACUACGAGCAAAAGUCAUUCUGAAGACAUCACGCUCUGAAGAUACAGCACAAGCACAACCGGAACAGGUUCUAGUGAAACUGUAUAUCAGCAUCUUUCGUUGUGACUUUCGUGUGCUGAUUAUUGUUUUUUCACUGAUAGCGGCAUGAAACAUUUGUACCACAUUUUUUAUGUGGCGAUCGCUCACAUACAGCAAGAACACGGAGAGAAGGUGUGCCCCUAUGAGCCUGCGCUGACAUUGCGUCAGAACAUUUACCGGUACUGUUUUAGCAGAAGCAUAGAGCGGUGACUGUGACUUAGAGUGGUUGUGUUGCAGAGGUGCUGUUCCUAUGGUAAGAGCUCCCCCCCCCCCCCCUUCCCCCACGGAACAAUAAAUCAAAUUCUGCGGGCCAUCACGCUCUGCAUAUCAUGUAAACCGCUUCUGAGUUUCAUACAGAGACAGGUGAAGAGAAGAAAAUGAGGAAAUGUGUGCUGUGUGAUUCUAGUCAUAAAUUAUUUCUUUCGAGAUGCAUCCGCUGGUAUGACUGGAUCUUUUAUUCUUCGUUCUGCCUCGUGUAAUAAAAGAGAUACUUGAUCAC